UUUUUCAGACUGGAGGAACCUGGAUAGAGAUCAGUGGCAACAAUUAUACUCAUUAUCUUUUAUUAUUUUUAAUUUGUAGUCUGCGGAGAGAAAGAAAUUACAUUUCUAAAAAGCCCAUUCCUGUUUUUAUUUUCUGUUUGUGUGCGUGAGGCAGGAGACAGAGACCGCGCGGCGGCGGGAGGGUUAACUUUCUGUCUUCUGCACUCAGAGGUUUGGGGGCGAUGAGCUGAAGAUGCCGGGGUCGCUGAGUAAUGAAGACGAGGGACAGGACGACAUGGAUUUUGGAGACGAUGUGCCAGACGAGGACGACGAAGGCGAGCGCGACGCCGUUCCCCUCGCGGCCCUCGACGGCUUCUUCUCUGAUGACGACUCGCUCAAACAACAACAGCAGAAGAAGAAGAAGGCCAAGAAGAUGAAGGAGGGGAAAACACCCAAAGUGAAGAAGAGGAAAAAGGAGGGAGGAGUUCAGCCCCGAGCGGACAGCGACCCGGAGGAGAUGUCGGAGGUGGAGGAGGAACGGGAGCGUCCGGAGGUCGGCUCGGAGAGCGAGAGCAGUGUGUACGGUCCCACCAAGAAGAAGAAGAAGAAACCAAAGGAGAAGAAGGAGAAGAAGCCAAGGAAGAAGAAGAGAGAUGAGGAGGAGGAGGACGAUGACGACGACGACGGGGGCACGAAGGAACCAAAAUCCUCCGGCCAGCUGAUGCAGGAGUGGGGUCUGGAAGACGUCCAGUACGGAUUCACAGAGGACGACUACAAGACCAUCACCAACUACAAGGCCUUCAGCCAGUUCCUCAGGCCUCUCAUCGCCAAGAAGAACCCCAAGAUCCCCAUGUCCAAGAUGAUGACGGUGUUGGGCGCCAAGUGGCGAGAGUUCAGCGCCAACAACCCGUUCAAGGGCGCGUCCGCCACCGCCGUGGCCGCCGCCGUGGCCGCCGCCGUGGAAAUGGUCACCGUGGCUCCGCCGGCGCCCGUCGGCAGCAGCCAGCCGACCGCUCAGCCGGGGCCGAUCAAGAAGGCCAAAACCAAAGAGGGGAAGGGACCUGGAGUGAGGAAGAGGAGUAAGUCUGUGAAGGACGUGAAGAAGAAACCCAAGCCGAAGAAAACCAAAUCAAAGGCGAGUCAGAGUGUGAAGAAGAAGAAGACGUCCUCAAGCGAGGAAGACUUCCUGGAGGAGUCGGACUUUGAUGACAUCAGCAUCCACAGUGCCUCAGUCUUCUCUGACGCCCUGGGGGCGGCCACCAAGAAGAAGGCCCGGCGUGGGCGGAAGAAAAGGAAAAAGGAGGACGGCGACGGCUACGAGACGGACCACCAGGACUACUGCGAGGUCUGCCAGCAGGGGGGGGAGAUCAUCCUGUGUGACACCUGCCCCAGAGCCUAUCACCUGGUGUGUCUGGACCCGGAGCUGGAGAAGGCCCCCGAGGGCAAGUGGAGCUGCCCGCACUGUGAGAAGGAGGGGAUCCAGUGGGAGGCCAAAGAUGAAGAGGAGGAGGAGGAGGAGGCGGCGGGAGAGGAGGAGGACGACCACAUGGAAUUCUGCCGAGUGUGUAAAGACGGAGGGGAGCUGCUGUGCUGCGACACCUGCCCCUCGUCCUACCACAUCCACUGCCUCAACCCUCCGCUGCCCGAGAUCCCCAAUGGGGAGUGGCUGUGUCCACGCUGCAUGUGCCCUCCCCUGAAGGGUAAAGUACAGAAGAUCCUGCACUGGACGUGGGGGGAACCUCCUCUCCCGGCCGAGCUGCCCGCCGGUCCGGACGGGAAGCCCAACGACCCGCUGACCAGGCCGCCGCUCAAGGGCCACGCGGAGCGGGAGUUCUUCGUGAAGUGGGCCGGCCUGUCGUACUGGCACUGCUCCUGGGUCAGCGAGCUGCAGCUGGAGCUCUAUCACACCGUCAUGUACCGGAACUACCAGCGGAAGAACGACAUGGACGAGCCGCCGCCGUUCGACUACGGCUCCGGAGAGGAGGAGCUCAACAACGAGAAGAGGAAGAGCAAGGACCCCCAGUACGCCGUGAUGGAGGAGCGCUUCUACCGCUACGGCAUCAAACCCGAGUGGAUGGUCAUUCACCGGGUGCUGAACCACAGUUUCGAUAAGGACGGCGACGUCCACUACCUGAUCAAGUGGAGAGACCUGCCCUACGACCAGUGCACCUGGGAGGUGGACGACUUCGACGUCCCCGAGUACCUCAGUCACAUAGCGAGUUACUGGGACCACAGGGAGCAGAUUCUAGGCGAGGACCAGCGCCCCCUGGUGGCGAGGAAAGGACAGAAACUCAAGGAGGACCAUCAGAAGAGGGAGGUCCCUCCCGACGCUCCCAUCAUAGACCCCACCAUCAAGUUCGAGCACCAGCCGUGGUACAUCAACGCCACGGGAGGAACCCUGCACCCGUACCAGCUGGAGGGUCUGAACUGGCUCCGGUUCUCCUGGGCCCAGGGCACCGACACCAUCCUGGCCGACGAGAUGGGCCUGGGGAAGACGGUGCAGACCAUCGUGUUCCUCUACUCGCUGUACAAGGAGGGCCACUCGAAGGGGCCCUUCCUGGUGAGCGCGCCCCUCUCCACCAUCAUCAACUGGGAGAGGGAGUUCGAGAUGUGGGCUCCAGAUUUCUACGUGGUGACGUACACGGGCGACAAAGACAGUCGGGCGAUCAUCAGGGAGAACGAGUUCACGUUCGAGGACAGCGCGGUGAAGUCGGGACGCAAGGUGUUCCGCAUGAAGAAAGACACUCCGAUCAAGUUCCACGUGCUGCUGACGUCCUACGAGCUGAUCACUAUCGAUCAGGCCGUUCUGGGCUCCAUCACCUGGGCCUGCCUGGUGGUGGACGAGGCCCACCGGCUGAAGAACAACCAGUCAAAGUUUUUCAGAAUUCUCAACGGGUAUAAGAUCUACUACAAGCUGCUGCUGACCGGCACUCCGCUGCAGAACAACCUGGAGGAACUGUUCCACCUGCUCAACUUCCUCACGCCAGAGCGCUUCAAUAACCUGGAGGGCUUCUUGGAGGAGUUUGCCGACAUCUCCAAAGAGGACCAGAUCAAGAAGCUGCACGACCUCCUCGGGCCGCACAUGCUGCGCCGGCUGAAGGCCGACGUGUUCAAGAACAUGCCGGCGAAGACGGAGCUGAUCGUCAGGGUGGAGCUCAGCCCCAUGCAGAAGAAAUAUUACAAGUUUAUUCUGACGCGGAACUUUGAGGCUCUGAACUCCAAAGGUGGCGGGAACCAAGUGUCUCUGCUGAACAUCAUGAUGGACCUGAAGAAGUGCUGCAACCAUCCCUACCUGUUCCCCGUGGCCGCUGUGGAGGCUCCGGUUUUACCCAACGGCUCUUAUGACGGAAACCAGCUGGUGAAGUCCUCGGGGAAACUGACGCUGCUCCAGAAGAUGCUGAAGAAGCUGAAGGACGAAGGACACAGAGUUCUCAUCUUCUCUCAGAUGACGAAGAUGUUGGAUCUGCUCGAGGACUUCCUGGAGUUCGAGGGUUAUAAGUACGAGCGUAUCGACGGAGGAAUCACCGGAGGCCUCAGACAGGAAGCCAUCGAUCGCUUCAACGCGCCGGGCGCUCAGCAGUUCUGCUUCCUGCUCUCGACCCGAGCCGGAGGCCUCGGCAUCAACCUGGCGAGCGCCGACACCGUCAUCAUCUACGACUCCGACUGGAAUCCUCACAACGACAUCCAGGCCUUCAGCAGAGCUCACCGCAUCGGCCAGAACAGGAAGGUGAUGAUCUACCGCUUCGUGACGCGCGGCUCGGUGGAGGAGCGGAUCACUCAGGUGGCCAAGAGGAAGAUGAUGCUGACCCAUCUGGUGGUGCGGCCCGGCCUGGGCUCCAAGACGGGCUCCAUGUCCAAACAGGAGCUGGACGACAUCCUGAAGUUCGGCACCGAGGAGCUGUUCAAAGACGAGAUCGAGGCGGCGCGGGCGGCGCGGGCGAUGGGCGACAACAACAAAGACAGCGAGGAGGGCAACGUGAUCCACUACGACGACGACGCCAUCUCCAAGCUGCUGGACCGCAGCCAGGACGCCACGGAGGACACGGAGAUCCAGAACAUGAACGAGUACCUGAGCUCCUUCAAGGUGGCUCAGUACGUGGUGAAAGAAGAGGACGGAGAGGAGGAGGUGGAGCGUGAGAUCAUCAAGCAGGAGGAGAACGUGGACCCGGACUACUGGGAGAAGCUCCUGCGUCACCACUACGAGCAGCAGCAGGAGGAUCUGGCUCGGAACCUGGGGAAAGGCAAACGCAUCCGGAAGCAGGUCAACUACAACGACACCACGCAGGAGGACCAAGAGUGGCAGGAUGAUCUUUCAGACAAUCAGUCGGAGUACUCCGUGGGGUCCGAGGACGAGGACGAAGAUUUCGAGGAGAGGCCCGAAGGUGGACGCAGGCAGUCGCGUCGGCAGCUGAAGAACGAGAGGGACAAACCGCUGCCUCCGCUGCUGGCUCGUGUCGGAGGGAGCAUCGAGGUCCUCGGCUUCAACGCUCGCCAGAGGAAAGCGUUCCUCAACGCCAUCAUGCGCUGGGGGAUGCCGCCCCAGGACGCGUUCAACUCCCACUGGCUGGUCCGGGACCUGCGAGGGAAGAGCGAGCGCGAGUUCAGGGCCUACGUGUCUCUGUUCAUGAGGCACCUCUGUGAGCCGGGGGCCGACGGAGCCGAGACCUUCGCGGACGGCGUCCCGCGGGAGGGGCUGUCCCGUCAGCACGUCCUGACCCGGAUCGGGGUCAUGUCCCUCGUCAGGAAGAAGGUGCAGGAGUUUGAGCACGUCAACGGGAAGCUGAGUUCCCCGGAUCUCAUUCCCAUCGGAAUGGAGCUGAAGAAGCUGACGGAGAGCGUCUCGUCUGACCCCAACACCCCGGUGCCGGCCAGUCCCGUGGCCACGCAGCCCGGGACCCCCGUCCCUCCAGAGAAAACCGAGUGUCUGUCGGGAACCGCCGAGGACAAAGAGACCGCGGAGCCCGACGGCAGGAGAGUGUCAGAGCAGGAAACUCCGGGCGCGGCGCCGGCAGCUGCGCCGGAGACGGCGGCUGACAGCGGCGAGAGCAAGGCCGGCUCGCGGGACAGACCCGGAGAUGAGAGGGACGGAACCCAGUCGCCAUCUGCCAACCGGAGGGAGAGCGAGCGGCCAUCCAGUCAAACCUCCCCUACACCCGAGUCGGGCAGAGAAGCAGAGAAGUCGUCAGACAGAGCAGAUCGUGAUUCUCCUCCGGCGAAAACUGAAGACAGGGAGAAUAAGUCAGAUGAUGUGAAGAGCGAAGACGCGUUAGAAAGUCGCUUAAACGGAGACAAAGACGGCGUGGACGAGACGGACGAGAGCAGGAAGGAGGACAGGAACGGGUUCAAGGCCAGGUUCAUGUUCAAUAUCGCAGAUGGAGGUUUUACAGAGCUUCACACCCUGUGGCAGACGGAGGAGCGAGCGGCGAUGUCCUCUGGAAAGAUGCACGACAUCUGGCACCGUCGCCACGACUACUGGCUGCUGGCCGGCAUCGUCACACACGGCUACGCUCGCUGGCAGGACAUUCAGAACGACCCGCGCUACGCCAUCCUCAACGAGCCCUUCAAGACCGAGAUGCACAAGGGCAACUACCUGGAGAUGAAGAACAAGUUCCUGGCUCGGCGCUUCAAGUUGUUGGAGCAGGCGCUGGUGAUCGAGGAGCAGCUGAGGCGGGCGGCGUACCUGAACAUGACCCAGGACGCCAGCCACCCGGCCAUGGCUCUCAACACUCGCUUCGCCGAGGUGGAGUGUCUGGCCGAGUCGCACCAGCACCUGUCCAAAGAGUCUCUGGCCGGGAACAAGCCGGCCAACGCCGUGCUGCACAAAGGUCUCCACAAUAGCAUCAGCCUGCUCAACCAGCUGGAGGAGCUCCUGAGCGACAUGAAGGCCGACGUGACCCGACUGCCCAACAUGCUGUCCCGCAUCCCGCCGGUGUCGGCCCGGCUGCAGAUGUCGGAGCGGAGCAUCCUGAGCCGCCUCACCAGCCGCGGCAGCGAACCUCCGCCGCAGCAGCCUUUCAGCCCCGGCGCGUUCGGCUGCUCCCAGAUGUACGGCAGCAGCUUCGGGUUCCGAGCGGCGGGCGGACAGCCCAUGGUGAACUACAGUCAGAUGCCCAUGGGCCCCUACAUCAGUGUGUCGUCUAACGGGCCCCCGCCCCCCACGAGCCACCUGGACAAGAAGUCUCUGGACUCCCUGAGGGACGUGGGCACACCGGACCUCAAGUCAGGCAAACCUAGUGAUGUCAUCUGUAUCGAGGACUGAGACUGUCACUCUGACCUGAGGGGGCGGAGCCCCACAUCGUCCUCGUUCUCCUUCCUGACUUUAAAUCUACGGCGUCGAGCUCUCGACCGUCUCUGGAUUCUGAUUCAUGCAGAUGAAAUGUAUCUAUCGUAACAAUUGCACUUUUAUCUCUUGAGGAUCGUGAUCAAGUUUCCCCGGCAGAGGGAGGAUGAGGAGGCAUUUCGUUUUUCGUGAUCAUGGCUCAUGUGUUUUCUUUGCGUCAGCCUCGACUGUUUGAUGCCGCGUGCCCUGCUGCUGUGAUCCAUCCGCCCGCUCAUCGUACACUGUGACUGACGAGCAGCGGCGUCGAGGACGACGACGACUUCACCCUGACGGGAGAUUGUUGCUUUUUAUCGUUACUUUGAAUGAAAAUGUGUUUUUGUUGUCAUUCAUGUGGUGACCAGUGGACAACGUAUUGAUCUGAAGCUGAUCUCAUGUACAGUCGGCACAUCUCUCAUACUGUACAUAACUCAGAGGCCGCUGUUUGUUUUACCUCACUCACGUCUCAUCAUAGAAAACAUGUGAACACUCGUGGAUGAAUCAGAAACUGCAGAAGAGGCAGAGAUGAUUUGAUCUCGUUUCAGAGGAGACGUAGUAUUUCUGUGUACGGUGCGAUACUUGUGAUUCUUUCUUUAUUUGAACGAUAGUAGUGGCUGUAGAGGCCAUGAACAGAGGGGGCGGCGCCAGGGAGCGGGGCUAUGGUUUAAAAAGGUGGGCGGGGUUAGUACAGUGAAUACCGGCACAAAUCCUCAAAAGGGCUUUUUGUUUUUUCAUAAAUCUUUCCCCUUCAUGAACUGGAUCAUCGUGACGGAGCGAGACAGAACCACUGCUGCUCCGUUCACUUAGCGCUCACUUAUGAACUUAUGAUCCAAUUUAAUAUUACAUGUGGUUUCUCACUUGUGGCUGAAAUGGUAAAGAAAGUCACGAGAGUCUUUUAUUCUGGAGGUUUGUUCUACGGAUAGAGACGCUUAAUGUUUAAUUAUAAUAUGUGAAUGAUUGAACAGAACAUCAGGUGAUAAUUAUAUAAACAUAAUAUAUACACGUACAAAUUCAACAAUGCCACAGUUAAGGAGCUCGAGCUGCUUCCAGACAGACACGGAAGUCCGGACAGUUUCCUGAACUUUUCCAGAGACUGUGUGCGAGAAGGCAGAUGCUCUUUUUUCCUGCCAGCAGAAAGUAAAGUUUCUGGAAAAGUUGUCCGAGUGAGAACACGUGAGAACACGUGAGACACGUGAGACACGUGAGACACGUGAGACACGUGAGCGUCUGACCUGUACAAUCUCCGGCUGCGUUCUUCUCACGUGAACGUCAAACUACAGGAAAAUGUCUGGACCCAAUGUUUUUCAGACAUUUUGUGGAGUUCAUAGCUCCACAGAAUGAUAUUGAUAUUCCACCAUGUUUUAAAUUUGAUAAACGUCAGCUAACCUUUGAAAAACAAAGUGUGGGGGGGGGGGGGGGGGCGUUUGAGGACAUUUUGGGGUUUGGAUGUUUCUGCUGGUUGAAUCCGAUUGGAGGAGACUGAGGGUGGAGGGGGUUUGUUUCCUCGUGGUCCUAGUGCCUGCAGGAUGUUGUCUUUAUUUUUGUAAAGGGGGGGUUGGUCCAUUACUGCCUUCUGAACGUGUGGGGGACAUGUCGCCUGUGCCCCCCCCCCCGCUCUUCAGACAGAAACACAUCUGGUCCACAUCCACGUUCAGACUCAGUCCGAACUGGGAACAGACUUGUGAGUUCGUCUCCCAGGGACUUUCCCGUUUCCCUCCCACUGUUCAAACUAAACAAGAACAUUCUGUCAGUCGUCCUGGCGACACGAGCUGGAGUUUGCUUCUCCUCAUGUAAAGUUCGAGGUGUUGCAGAAGAAGAUCCAGUUGGAAUGUUCUCUGUGAAUAGUUCUUCUCCUCUCCUGUUGUGGUUCUGUUGUUGUUUUACCCGAUGAGACGUCACUUCAGCCCGGUGGAUCUUCACAUGUGGUUCAGUCCGUCUGUCACCGUGUGCUGACGUGACCGUCCACCAUCCUACUUUCUUUCUUUUCUACCAAGACUUUGCUCACACGUUUGGACUGGAAAGUGAAAACUCCUGUUUUUCUUUUCCAGAUCGUCAUCCAGUUUGCGUGGUCGUUAUCAUUUGACUCUGUUGAUUGGUUGGAACUGAAGAGGAAGUGUGCUUAGACUUGAGUUACAGAAACCUUCACAUGCAUCAUGUCGGUUUGAGCGCUCCUCUUCCUCUUCUUCUUCCUCUUCCUCCUCUUCUUCUUCUUCUUCUUCCUCUUCCUCCUCUUCCUCCUCUUCUUCUUCUUCUUCUUCCUCUUCCUCUUCUUCUUCCUCCUCUUCUUCUUCUUCCUCCUCUUCUUCUUCUUCUUCUUCUUCUUCCUCUUCCUCUUCUUCUUCGUCAGUGAUGAUCGGUGCCGUUUUGUUAAUUUCUCGACCAUGACAUGUAUUAGGUUGCUCGACAGAUACGACCUCAGUAACAUGUAAAUAUACUUGAAAGAUUUUUUCAGAGAGAAAAGUCCAUCUCAUGUAGAUUUAUGUAACGAGCUGAGACUCGACCAGUGAAUGUGAGCUGGACGGUGUUGCCAUAGAACUGCAGUGUGUGUGUGUGUGUGUGUGUGUGCGUGUGUGUGUGUGUGUGUGUGUGUGUGUGUGUGUGUGUGUGUGUGUGUGUGUGUGUGCUCAUCAAUCAGAAACAAUGUCUGUUCCCUCUGGAGUGAUGACCACGAGAAAAACAUUCUGCAAUGAAAAUGCAAUCAAACUGAAGUCGGUACGAAUGUAACUACGUCUGUAAGAAAACAAAGGCUUCAGUCUAAUAUUAUAAAUAUGUUAACAAUGUAUGUACAUGCUUAUUAACUUUGGCUUCUAAAGCUGUAAAAGACCCCGAGUGGAGGCACCUUCGUCGCAGCGAAUGCUCAGCAUGUGAUGAAGCGUUCGACGUGGCGGUUCACUCUGAGGAGACGAGCGUCGAGGCGGUUCUGUUACGGUUCUGAUCUAUUUGUUCUGUAUAGCGAAUCGAAGCGAAUGGAGAAAAAAAAAGUGGAUUGUUAACUUUUUAUUUGUAAUUCUGUGUAUUUGUUCAAUGUGUUUUAAUAAAUCUUCUGGACAACAAGU